AUGCCGUCUCAGGAAGAUGGUUCCAACCCGGCGGCCGACGGCUCCAACGGGGAGCACGCAGACGGUGGCAUCACCAAGGAGCUGUGCAGAUUCGUCGCCGAGGCGAACUAUGCCAUGCUCAACGACACACACGUGGCCAAGCUGAAGGACCUCAUCAUUGACCACAUCGGCAUCUCGGCCGGCGCUGCCGCCGUUGCCGAGUCGAGCGAGGCCUUCCUCAAAGCGGUAUUGGCCCUGCAUGGCAAUUCCGGACAGAGCACCGUCUACACCAAGGGCAAGACCUUUUCCCCACAGUACGCCGGCUUCCUUAAUGCCGCCUUCUCCCACAGCUUCGACUUUGACGAUACACAUGCCGCAUCUAUCCUUCAUCCGGGCGCGACCGCCAUCCCAGCAGCCCUGGCCCAGGCCGAACUCUCACAGUCCGACGGCAAGGCUUUCCUGCUCGGUGCUGCCGUGGGCUACGAGAUAACCACCAGGAUAGGCCGCGCCCUAAACUACGGCGGCUACACGCGCGGCUUCCACAACACGGCAACCGCAGGUGUCUUUGGUGCAGUCGCUGCCAUUGCCAAGAUCAGGGGCUUGGAUGCUCAUCAGAUUGAAAAUGCCUUUGGUCUCGCCCUCUCCAAGGCGGCCGGCUCGAUGCAGUUCCUGGACAACGGGUCUUGGAAUAAGCGAUUGCAUCCUGGCUUUGCCGUCCACGAUGCUUUCGUUGUCGUUGCUCUAGCUGAGGCCGGCGUCCUUGGGGCGACAAGACCCAUUGAAGGCAGGUAUGGCGUUCUGCAUUCGUACUCGACCACAUCCACCGCCGCUCGUCUGACCGACCGCCUUGGUGAGGAGUGGAUAUUCAGCUCCACUGCAAUGAAGCCCUUCCCAGCGUGCCGCAUGACACACUCCGCGAUCGAAGUCGUUUCUCGUGUAGCCCAAGAAUCUCAGGGGAAGUCAAUCGAAGGCUUCACCGUAGAGUUAUCUCCGGGGUGUUUUCCCAUUGUUGGCACUGUUGAUCCGAAUAAGCUCCAGCCCAAGACCGUGGUCGAUGCGCAGUUCAGCAUAUACUACCAAAUCGCCAUUGCGUGGCUGUAUGGCAUGGACAUUGGGUGGAAGAUGUAUGAGAAGCUGGGCGACGCCGAGGUAUUGAGCUGGUGCAGCAAGGUCAAGGCUGUGAUCAACGGCGAGGUGCGCGACCUUGAAGCAAGAGUAACCUUCCAAUUCUCGGACGGCACAACUCGCAAUGAAGCCAUAGUCUAUCCUCUGGGCGAAGAUGAGCAUCCCUUUUCCAAGGAUCGUGUACACGGGAAAUUCUUCGGUAUGACAGCGCCGUGCUACGGAGAAAAGACGCAGAAGGCCAUCAUUGACGUUAUCGAAAAUAUCGACAAGCACAAAGUAACCGAUCUGUUGCAACUGCUCUAG